AGAAUUUUCCCGCACAAAACCCUCUGCACAACAACAACAAAAACAAAAUUAGUUCAAUUCAUUUCCACAGUUCUAAACUUAACAGUUCUCUACUAAAAUUUGGUAUUGAUGAAAAUUAUAUUUUCCGUAUUCCGUUGGUUGUACAAACAUGACUUUCAAUGGUUUUGGUACACAAACAGCUUGGCCUGACGGCACAGGCUUUGGUGGCGAAGGACAAAUUUCGAACGGACGAAUUUCAAUUUGUGACUUGUCUCAAGGAACGAACCAAUGCGUAGGUAUUUUAACAGCAUGACAAAACGAUAAGUCGAAAUUCAAUUAAUUUUUAACUGUUCUUUCCUUUUUAUUUCCUUUGCAGAAUCUGGUGGGACUCGUAAUGGCCAAGCAGCCAGUUCACUCAUUUCCUGACAGAAAAAGUGCGAAUAAAGCGUUUUUUUAAAUUUUACUUUCAGUCUUCGAUUUACGUGGGUUAUAACACACUUCUAAACCUUUUAUUCACUUAUUUUUCUCGUAUUCACAUAUUACAGACCCAGGAAGGGAAAAAUAUCACUUCUUUUUCACGCUGAGAGAUUCGCCUGCAGACUUCAUCAAUGUAAACUGCUGGGGAACCGAAAAUUAUAUCGAAAAUCUCUCCAAAUCAUUCAGGAUCAACGAUAUCGGUGAGCUUGAGAAAGAUAGUAUCGACGAUUAUUUAGUCAAGUAGUGAGCCUACUUCAGCUUAAGUUGAGCGAUUCCCUGAGAUACAUGCAUCUGUUUCUCAUUUUCCUCAAAAAAAAAUUCCAGGAAGCUAGAGAACUGAAACUCUGACUUUUUUAUGAUUUUAAUUUGUGACAGUGGAGGUGAGAAACCCACAAAUCCAAAACAAACAAAGCAGUGAAGCAGAGGAAAAAUGGAGGCCAUGGACACCCAGGUAAUACGAGGAUUUACUCUUUUUUUAUCACCUUAAAAUCAGAAUUUGCCGAAGAACUAAACUGAAAGCUAUCACUGCAGAGGAUCGCAUAUUAGAGACCUACAUGUAAGAGCAUUGAUUUGGAAAAAGUAGAAAAAACGCAAAUAUACACAGAAAGAAGCUACUCUCUCUGGUGCUAAAGCUUUGGGGUGGGAGUUGAUGGACAGCUUCUCCGAAUGACCCCUUCUUUUUUACAAAUAUACUUUCUAAAUUUAUAUGCCCUUAAUAGAAGAUUCAGCUAACUUCUAGCUGCAGUAUCACUAUUUGUGAGACCAUGUCUAAUCUAUCAAUCAAGGACUAUCGGUAUCCUUAUUGCAGUAAACAAGUCUUAAGUAAGUCUCUGUUCAUUAUUACUUUCAGUCCAUAUCAAUUACAUGUCAGUGAGACACAUUCCUCCGUGAGCUUGUUCAGUGGCUGGGAUACAAGUGUAUUUGACCGCAUUUCUCACAUACCAGUCAAGACCAGUAAUGACUUCUACACACUGGGAGACAUCAUAGCCAAUGAUCAAAAUUUACAUGGAGAACAUGUCAAUAUUCAAGCUGUUGUCAAGAGUGUAAGUAUGUACGUAUGCGUCGACGAACAUUUUCGAGCAUUUUAUACUGCUAGUGUAACCCCUGUGCAUUCUGACUAGUUUUAUUCCCUAAGAACUUAAGGAUUUAGGUAGCCUAUGUUGCUCAAUGUUAGGCGAGUCAAGUGGUGGGAGGGUGGAGGGGUUAAACGAAAAUGGGGAAAACGAGCUUAAAACGAGCGGUCCUCUCCUUCAUUUUUCCCUUUUCUUUUUUUCUUCUCUUUUUUUCCUACCCGCCACUUCCUCUCGCUUUCCUUGAACAAAAGUGAUCUCACAUCCAAGACAAACACCAGCUUUGUUUUUGGAACAUAUCUUAUUGUCACAGUUUUCUUGGACAGGUCAUACUUAUACAACAGAUUAUUUCAAAUGUUAUCUUGGAAAAGGCAAAAGAGUUUUGGAGUAACGUUAAAAUCUUUUACAAUGGAUAAACUUUUUUUGUAGGUUGGAUUGCCAAAAGAUAUUAUAACAAAGACAGGAAAACAUGUUAAGAGAUGUGAAGUGUUGCUUUUCGAUGAAACUUGCAUGUCUUUUCCAUUGGUCAUGUAAGUACUCAGUCUCAUUUAGCUACCAUUAAUUGAUUCACCAUGAAUUGGAAUGUUACACAAAAAAUUCUCGAAUUGUCUUUUUUUGGUAUAAUUGUCACCGUUUUUUUUAGGUGGGACGAGGAGUCAAUUGAACUUGCUCAAACCUGGAUGCCUAAGGAUAUGAGUAAGUUUUCAUUAAAUCCUCAAUUUUUGCUCGGUUUUUCAUAUCAGUUUUGGUUUACUCUUUUAAUUUUUUCUUCCUUUAGUUCUUUUUAUUGCAGAUGUCAAGGCGACUUUUGAUGACUUUAAAAAGUGUAUGAUUGCUACUUGUGAUCACAAAACAAUAAUUACCGCUAAUCCAGGUACAACGUGAUACCACUUGUUUGAUUUCUGCUCCCUUGCACUCAUGCAAGUUUCGAUCAACGUUAUUACUUUUUGUAUCUCUCAAAUAAAUAUUGAACAAACAGUCCAACCUCCCGUAAGCGACUACCCAAAAUACAAAGAUUUAGUGGUUGCUUACGAGAAUCGUACCGCAAGAAUUUUCUCUAUGAUAGGUCCCAACACAGAUAAGAAAAUUUAGUGCAUGAAAUUCCUAGGUUGGAUCAGUGUAGUUACAAGUUGUCACUGAAAGCAUACAGCAAACACUGACUAUUUCCAGCGGGGUCAUGUGGUCCGGGGCGAGUAACUUUGUUUGUCUCCGCUACGUCAUCACUAAACCACAAAGCGUUGACUGAGAAGGCCUGGGAAGACACCAUACAGGGCAACAGAUUAGACCAUGCGUCAAGCAGGUUAGAGACUGGAAUUUACAACACCGUCAUCCCCAAAAGCGGUCACGGUCGCCUAAGAGAGAGGUGGUCGUUUCGAAAGGUUCUAGCUCUAGUAGGGCUUUGACUGAGAAAGUUUUUGGUGUUUUAUGUCAGUGGUUGCUUAUGGGAGGAGGUUGAUCGUUUAUUCGAAAGGUGGCCCCAAAUGGAGGUUGGACUGUAUUUAAUUAUUGACGCGGACAGUUUGUUUAAAUUAUCAGUUGUAUAUGCAUAUAUCAUUAUAUGUUGAUUGUUGGUUAUUUUCAGACACAAUGGAGGCCCGUUAUCUUUACAACUACGCGCAGUCGUUGGAACUAUUAGACGAUGAUCCUCUAAACAAUCCGGAAUCAUCUCUGAUGGAUAGCUGUUAGUAUCAUACCUUCUCACUAGUAUUUUACAGUACCUAUUAAAAAUAGCGAAUGAGUUAUAGGUGCGGAUUUUUCCACACAAUCCGUGGCAAGAGAGUAUAAGGCAUGGUCAUGGGUGGUAACUAGAAAGGGACCUUUACUCGAACUGAGGAGUAGGAGUAUUAGUCUUCCAUGAACUUGUUACUUGGUUUAUUUUAUCCUUAGGGAGUUAUGUGUGCUGGUCUGCAUUUCUAGCCAUGUGAACGAGUUUCAGGUUUGGGGAGAUGACCAGCUCAAACCGGCCUCACAAGUCUUACCCAUUUUAGAAUAUCGCAUUUGGCUCUAGAACGUGUUUCCACCAAUGUUUUACUCGCUACAGCGCGAUGAUUUUUGUUGAGGCUGAUCAUGAGUGGUCGACAGGGUCGACACUAAUUUUAGUCUAUGCACAGGACCAGUGAUAUUUCACGCUGGGCUAGUAAAAUUGCGCUCCUAAUAACGGCCCCUAUAGACCAAUUAGUUUAGCGGACAAAGUAAAUUUCUACAACUAUACUGCUACUACAACUUGGCAAGUUCCUUUCUACUAAAAUGCUUCAUCAGUAGACCCUUUCUAUGUGAAAAGAAAAAGAAGGGCGAUAUGAAGCGGUCAGAAGUUUUCAAGAAGAAAAAAAUGUUCUUUUCUCAGGAACUGGUGUGGUCUUAAACAGUAGUGCUGAGAGAUUAGCAAAUCCAAACUCUGCUUUUUGUCACAGGAACAGUCGAUUUUUGUUUGGACGAGAUAACAGGGCAUGAAAGUUCUCUUACCCCACGAAAUUUUUCUCGGCUUUUUUUGGACUAGUGGCUUGGCCUCGUGGGCAGAUGAUUUAUUUCACUUACUAGCCCAAAGCCUAGUGUCCAAGAAAGUUAGUAUCGAGCACUCAUCCUCUUAUACCGAUAAGUGAGUGGUAACACAGCCACCUAUAUAUGACUGCCAUGCAAAACCUGGGUAAUAUAAUGUGCACAAUCAGAAACUGAGCAAUGACCAGCACUGGCCGGAUCGAGGAGGACGGAGGUUCAAAAACUACUAGAAGAAAAGCUCUACCGUGAAUACUAUUCCCCCUCCUAGUCUAAAGUUUCAUUUCCCUAGUUUUCUAGGGGUAGUGCUCAUCGUCGUCGUCUGGAAAGAAUGUCUUCUUUGACUAGUGAUAACUCAAAAGGAAGGAAAAAAUGAAGAAGGAAAGAAGAAUGCGAUCAUGGUAGAGAUGCUGUUUUCACUGGUAGCUGAAUCUUUAAGAAUCCUUGCUUAUCUUACAGUGGCGUUCGUGGCUGUUUGCUUGCAAGUCGUUUUUAGACUUAAUUCUAGGAGAGACAGACCAAGAGCAUUUUAAAUUUUACUUUCCAGUACUGAUCUCGAGUGCUUUUUACGAGGGAUGACGUAGUCAACCUACGUCUAUAUUUCGUCCGAUUGUAUUUUCGAACCGAAGUCACAAAUUGGCAUGUUUAUUAAACUUUCCCGCGGACGUCCCGAAAAAUUGAGCGGAUUUUACAGACUGCAUUUUCGAAUCACGUGCAAGUCAAGUUGGGUUGAACAUAAACCGAUAAAAGAUACUUUGCAGAAGCCAAAGUACAAGUCAAAUUAUGAUAUGAUUGUUUUUUUGCUUCGGGUUGAAGUUGUUUGUUGAACCGUGAAUAGCUGAAUGAAGUGUGAUUUGUAAACUGUUUAAUUUGCCACCGAACCAACGAGCUCACAGUGCUCGAAGUAACUUGCUCACCAUAAUUAAUCGAAUCAACGAGUUCAUGUAUAAUCGAACCAGUGAGCUCACUUGUAAAGUUAUUGAACGAGGAGCCCAUUCAUUGGGAAACACUGAUUAUUGAAAUAAGAAAUAAAUAUUAAGGCGAUUUUUAACAUGCAAAGACGAUACUCUUGAAUUCAUCUCAAGUUGAGUUCAGUAGGCAGUUGGUACAGUUGGUUUUCAGAGUAAGACGAUACACACUCUGUUGAAGAGCACGCUUCUUUCUAUCGAUCAACACUAUGUUGCUUUUACUGUAUGUAAUAUGCUUUUACUGUGUAUGAUAUGUGGUGACAUUAGGUAACCAAAAUAUAAAUAUGGCCUUUUGAUAAAGUUUCUAUUCGAAGGGCGUACGAUUAUUGACGUUCCGCUUCACGCCGCGUAAACGCCUUCAGGCGUCUUUGUGUUAGGUUGACUGCCCCUGAUUCUAGUGCAGUGACUUUAUCGAAUAUGUCUGAGUCGUUUAAAUUUAGAAAAGGUACAGACUUUGCAAUAUUUCCAAUGGGUCAAAGAAACCUCUGACUAACCGUGUCCAAGCAGCAGUUCCAAACUGAAUUCAGGCUCAAAAUUCUUGAACUAGAGUGAGGUUGUGCGGCAGGGGGUAGCGAAAAUUCCGCUGAUAAGAUUGUUCAGCCGAAUCACUUUUCAUUUCUUCUAUACAUCGGGGAUCUGAAAGGUGAAUUGAAUUAUUUCCAUGUUUUAUUUUCAGUGGAGAAUGUAACGGAGGUUUACAACGUACAGCAACUCAAACAACUGAUGUCCGAAGCCGAGAACAGUUUGCAACCGUCUGAAAUAAUGGGCAUUGUCUAUGCUUUCGUUACCUCAUUUGACAUCGACAGAGAUGAAAAACCGAUUGUUACCUCUCGCUGGUGGGUUGGUUUAAAAUCUUCCGUUCAUUACAGGAAAUUAACUGUUUUCACACUUAAUAGAAUGAGGUGAUUGACAGUUCCGUUACUUGUGUAGGGUAUAGGAGAUCCACACCACGCAGCAGCAAUAAACUGAAUGCCCAAUGAUAAUGCUCAUAAUUGCAAUGAUAUUACACUGUCUGUGUUGUCAAAACAAGAGUACAAUACUUAGUCAUGAAUCUUCGUAAAGAAAAGUUUAUGAUUUCUUAGGAAAUAUCUUUCAUUUUCCUUUGUCGGCCGAAUUUAAACAUGUUGGCUUUGAAUAAAACACCCCGAUAACCCUACUUAAUCUGGCAGUAUAGCUAUUCAUCAUGAUGACGAUUCUUCGUCUCAAGUGGUCGAUAUCCUGGAAUCAGAGAAGGUUCUCUUUCAACUACGAUCCCAGUUGCUUUUAGAGCUAAAAGAAGAAGGAGAAAAAGAAAUAAUGACUCUGCGCCGAAUUUGUAUUGAAACAGUAUAAAAGCUUUUUAAGAAAGACUCAACAACGUAGAGUCGUCUUUCUUUGGGAUGUAUCUUCCUGUUUUUAAAAGCACAGUAUUGAAAUUUCUCAAUGAUUUCUUCUUCAGCACCGCUUGUAACCAGAGAGUGGUUCUUCUCAGUGAUACUUGCUUAAACCCAGCGUGUACCAGAGUUACAGCAAACCCUGGAGGGGGUAGUUCAACAGUCAAAACACAGUUCGAAUUGGGAAUCUCUCUGUCUGACCACACGGGAACAAUAAGCAAUUGUAGACUCACGGAGCCGUGCGCAGAGAGCAUGUGUGGAUGUAAAGUAAGGGCGGCUCCGCAAAAAGAAUGUUUAUCAAUUUCGUAUAAUUACUGGUCUUUAUAUACAUUUUGUUUUCAUUUCCAACAUUUUUAGUCCAAACAGCGAAGAUCAGCUGAAAUAGUGAGAUUUAACAGACCUUAAAACUUUUAACGGUUAAUGCUGCAUUUUUGACCGUUACCUUUUUCGACGGCUAAAGAUUAAAUUAGCUUAAAUUUUAGGCCGUUUGACGGCUGACGGUUAACCCCAUUGAGACCCUCUAUUAUUAAAAACUCUUAUGGGAAACGAUCAAGAUCAGCAUAUGAUGGCCCCAAGAAAAACUUAGAGUUUUUGUUCUGGUGAUGAAAUUCACAAUACUAAAGAGAGUAGGGUUCCGGUUACAUCAUGAUCUCGAACCGGCCUUCCGCGAUCAUAAUUCCCCAGUGCCCCUGGUAAUCGAGCCUCCUUGGAAAAGAUCGAUUUCACUACGAAAAAAUAAACGGCUAUAAAUAAACUUUUAAAGGAACUUGAUAGCCGCCAGACUUGUGCUAUUUAGGUAAUUAAUUUGAGUUGUUCCUUUAUUCAAGGCAACGGAUAUGGCUCACUGGAAUAUAACGCAAUUAACAGAAUUAAAAGUGCAAUUUUUGCUGGAAAAAUGCAAAGUUUACUUCAAGGUAAAGAAUUUGUCACGAGUUUCUACCUCAGUUUUCUGGUUCACAGCUCAGGUUUACAUAAUCUUGUUCUGUGCAUUUGUGCUUGUGUUCAACCCGCCCACCCUAACCUAUCGGACCUAUCAGCAACUUCCGAAAAGACCCUUCUUUCGACAGGAAGAUUGCCAAAUAUUAAAUUUUCUUUUUCUCUCUCUUUUCUUUGAAAUCUUUUUCACAACUUGAGGCAAGCACUAGUACAAGGAUUUUAUUUUUUACACAUGCCAUAAGCAAAAGCACAAAAGAUGACACUCGAAGCUGUAGAAGUGAGAAAUUCAGGGUUCGUGCCGUGAGGUGCUUGUUCUGGAGAGCACGUCUAACAUCAACAUAAUCAUAGCCUGCGUGGCAGGCGUUCGAAAGUGAAGGGAAGGGAAUUAGGGCGCCUAAAACUCGCUUUCCCAUCCCUUUCAAACGCCUGCCACGCAGGCUAACAUAAUCAUAACUACAAGACAAACGGUUUCUGUAGUCUUUUUCUCAUAUUUAUGUCGCCGCAGUCCUCACUGCAGCGCAAAUAUAUAUAACUUAAUCAUUCGCUUUCUGUGAUUUGUGCUUGUGUCGCUGUAGUACUGGGCUAAUGCUGUAUAAAAUUAUACUCGUUUCUCAAGUGAGCCUGGUCAAUUAUGAAGAAGAUCAUUAACUUCACAAAACAAUAACCCUCAAGAGCGUCAAGUGUGUUUGACCCUGCUCUCGAAGCAAUGACAACCUCAAAAUUGGCUCAAUCCCCAAAGGCGUUUUACUGAGACCGUUCCAGCUAAUUAUAUAUUCCUUGUUUUCUUAAGGUGGCGACUUCUAAUCGUCUUUCCAGCUCUGCGAAGAAAUGGAUAAGAUUGUUGUCAUGCACUUUGGCUGACUCAAGAGAAGCUGCUGAAUCGCUGCAGUUCAGAAAUUGAGAUUCUCGAGUCGCUGGCUUGAUUCAUUAAGGUCAUUUGCGAAAAUAAAGCAAGAAGAAUUUUCAGCAUUCUUAUUAUUUGCUGUGUGAAAAUAGGCACGAAAUUCCACUUCAGCCUCCGGCUAAGUUCUCAGACCUGUGGCCAAUCAUUUGACGGUCAAUACAGUACGCUGACGUAUUUUUUCGACCGCUUGCCGGAAUGGUCAGUUUUUCAUUGUUAGUAUUUUGCCACAGGCUUGAAAUCAGUUGAUUCACUCAUUUUUAAAUCAAAACAUAUUUGUCCUUUAGCUGCUAAAAACAAGCAUAUUAGAUUAAAAAGUUACUACACAGCAAGU